GACUAUUCUACUGUCCUAUUUAUUCUUCCGGAGUCUGGGUUCACAGCACAAACCGUUCGCCUUCGACUUUACGUCAAUCGUGCAGUUCUCUAUCUUUCUAGUUCCAACUUAGAGAGCCCCAACGCCGCCUUGUUUGAUCUCCAGCAGGCCCAAUCUCUCCUCGUCUCAACUCUUGAUCGCCUUGCCAACGUUGCUAUUUUAGAGAAAAGUCAGCAGCCCCAAACGCCAUUGCAUGCAGUGAAGACCUUGGUGAGACUUCAGCCAUUGAUUGGCAGACCUCUUGUCUCAUCCGUUUCCCGAGAAGCCAAACAACAACCGCAUUGUGGAGUGGAUGAGCCUGAGCAAGAGGGGAAUUCAAAACUGACUAAGGGAGAGGAGACACCAGGUGAAACAGACGAGGCAGUGGCCAUGCUAGCUGGAAUCCUUGAAGCCCUACUCUUCAGAAGUACUAGAGCACGAAAAGUCGGGCCUCGAAAUUCUGAGUUCCAGAGUUGGUUGGCCGGCUCUGAACGUCAUCUGCGAAGGAAACGAGUAUUGGCACUCUGCCGACGACUUCGAGAGCAAGUAGCCUUGGCAAGUGCCCAUUUUAGAGCAGAUGACAUAUCGCAUGAGCUUGAGCCUCUGAUACCACCGAGUUACCGACAAUUGACUAGCACAGAAGCAGACCUCAGAAAGAUCGGUCAGGUGGCACUAUUCUGGCCAGAGUUACAACUCUCCCUCGCUUAUUGUCAUCACAGGGGUGGUCGUCUUCAUUCUGUUAUUCAGAUCACCAGCCAGCUGAACACCCUGAUGCCAGGCUAUCCAGAAGCUUUAAUAGCUCGAGGCAAUGCCCUAAUGGAUCUGGGUGGUAUGUUUACAGACCUACCAGGGGUCUGUAAUACUGCAUGGCGGCUAGGCAGACUCGAUUUCGCAACCGCUCUUCUUUCUAGUACAGAGCAUAAUUCAGUACAAUUGCAGCCGGUGCGUGAAAUUGCUGCUGCUCUCCUUCCUAAAGGAAUUCUUUCCUCCCAAGCCGCAAACUUUGAUGACGAGAGCAACAUAAAACCUGGCUGUCCUGCUUGCGGCCCAAGUGUAGACGAAAGUACUUCAAUCAGUACCAGUGCAUCCGGA